AGAGAGUUGGUAAACUUCUCUGCUUAGCUGUUCUUGUCUAGCUGGGUUUCUGGCUUCUUUUUUUUCUUUUUUUUUCUCUUUUUAUUUGUUUGGGGAAAACGUCUUUAAUUUGGUGUUGCAGAUAAGUAUAUUUAAGAUUCUAACACAUCGGGUCUGAUUCUUUUGGGGGUUUAGGUUUUUAAUUGCUGUGAGCUUACUGAAUGAAUGUGGAGAAAAGAUGAAGCUUAAGUGUUUGUUGAAAUGUCUAUGAGUAGUGAAAUUGAUCUGUUUUGAGUAACUAUCGAUCUGGGAUGGAUCUAAAGUCUCUGUCUUUCUGACAAAUUAGCAGUUUUUUUUUCUGGUUUGGUUUGGUUUGGUUUGGUUUGGUUGCUGCUGUACUUUGGGUUUUGAGUUUGGGGGAGGCUUAGCUAUUGUAGCUUCUUUGUGGAGGGGAGGAAGUAUGGCUUGCAUGAAGCUGGGAUCCAAAUCUGAUGCUUUCCAGAGACAAGGCCAAGCUUGGUUUUGCACAAGUGGACUUCCGAGUGAUAUUGUCGUUGAAGUUGGAGAGAUGUCUUUCCAUCUCCACAAGUUUCCUUUGCUCUCAAGAAGUGGAGUCAUGGAAAGAAGGAUCGCAAAAGCAUCCAAAGAAGGCGAUGAUAACUGUCUCAUCAAGAUUUCCGAUCUUCCCGGCGGAGACAAAACGUUUGAGCUAGUGGCCAAGUUCUGCUACGGCGUGAAGCUCGAGCUCACUGCUUCUAACGUCGUAUACCUCAGAUGCGCCGCUGAGCUUCUCGAGAUGACGGAAGAGUAUGGAGAAGGAAACCUAAUCUCUCAAACCGAAACGUUUUUCAACCAAGUUGUCCUCAAAAGCUGGAAAGAUUCAGUAAAAGCGCUUCAGAGCUGCGACGAGGUCCUCGAGUACGCCGAUGAGUUAAACAUUACCAAGAAGUGCAUCGAGUCACUAGCCAUGAGAGCAUCCACAGACCCGAACUUGUUCGGCUGGCCAGUCGUGGAGCAUGGUGGCGGGCCCAUGCAGAGUCCAGGUGGCAGCGUUUUAUGGAACGGGAUAAGCACGGGGGCGAGACCUAGACAAACUAGCUCAGACUGGUGGUACGAGGAUGCGUCCAUGCUUAGCUUUCCUCUUUUCAAGAGACUCAUCACAGUCAUGGACUCCAGAGGCAUAAGAGAAGACAUCAUCGCCGGUUCCUUAACCCACUACACAAGAAAACACUUGCCAGGCCUAAAAAGGCGACGCGGUGGCCCACCUGAAUCCAGCGGCCGUUUCAGCACGCCUCUGAGCUCGGGGAGCGUACUCUCCGAAGAAGAGCAGAAGCGCUUGCUUGAAGAGACCGAGGAGCUUCUCCGCAUGCAGAAAGGUUUGGUUCCGACCAAGUUUUUCGCCGACAUGCUUAGAAUCGCCAAGAUUUUGAAAGCCAGUCCGAGCUGCGUAGCGAACUUGGAGAAGAGGAUAGGGAUGCAGCUUGACCAGGCGGCGUUGGAAGAUCUUGUGAUGCCUAGCUUUUCUCACACGAUGGAGACUCUAUACGACGUUGACUCUGUGCAGAGGAUCUUGGACCAUUUUCUUAGUACGGAUCAGAUUAUGCCUGCUGACGUUGGCUCUCCUUGUUCUUCGGUGGAUGAUGGGAAUGUAAUCGGAUCACCACGGUUAAUAACGCCAAUGACAGCGGUUGCAAAGCUGAUCGAUGGGUAUCUUGCUGAAGUGGCACCUGAUGUCAAUCUCAAGCUUCCAAAGUUCCAAGCUUUAGCUGCUUCUGUUCCUGAGUAUGCUAGACUCUUGGAUGAUGGACUCUAUCGUGCCAUAGACAUUUUCCUAAAGCAUCAUCCUUGGUUAGCGGAAACAGAAAGAGAGAAUCUUUGCAGGCUGUUAGAUUGCCAGAAGCUCUCUUUAGAAGCUUGCACACACGCGGCGCAGAACGAGAGGUUACCUCUAAGAGUAAUCGUCCAGGUCCUCUUCUUUGAGCAGCUUCAGCUCAGGACCUCUGUAGCUGGAUGCUUCCUCGUUUCAGACAACCUUGAUGGCGGAUCAAGACAGUUAAGAAGCGGCGGAUUUGCAGGAGGAUCAACCGAAGGAGGAGGAGGAUGGGCAACUGCAGUAAGAGAGAAUCAAGUGUUGAAAGUUGGAAUGGACAGUAUGAGAAUGAGGGUUUGUGAGUUAGAGAAAGAAUGUUCCAAUAUGAGACAGGAGAUUGAGAAGCUUGGUAAGACGACAAAAGGUGGUGGCGGUGGUGGUUCGGGAAGCGGUAGCAAAACGUGGUUUGGUAUUAAGCUGAAGUCACAUCAAAUGUGCAGUGCUCAAGAAGGAUCUGUGUCAAAGUCAAACAACGAGAAUGUGAAGAUAGAGAAGCUUAAGGAUGUGAAAGAACGUCGUGGGAAGCAUAAGAAAGCUUCGAGCAUUAGUUCCGAGAGGUGAUAAGUGGUAAAAUUUCCACGGUUGAAACGUCAAGCUUUACCUACCGUCUUUGAGAUUGGUUAGCUUUUACGAGCUUCCACUGUUGUAAUGUGUGCAUUGUAGUCAAGUGGUGCUUGCUCUCAUGUUUUUUUUAACUGUCUAUGUAUCUUUGACGACCAACUUUUUUCUUGCAUUGUUCUUUUCUUUUA